AUGGCGAAGUGGGGAGAAGGCGACCCCCGGUGGAUCGUGGAGGAACGAGCAGACGCCACGAAUGUGAACAACUGGCACUGGACGGAGCGUGACGUGACAGCCUGGUCGGAGGAGCGUCUGAAGUCUCUGCUGCAGGAGGUCAGAGUUGAGGGGUCAGAGGGCGUGUGUCAGGUGACCGACGUGAGCAAACUGGAGGGAGAGGCCUGCAUCAACAACCGCAAAGGAAAACUCUUCUACUUCUACGAGUGGGUCAUCCGCGCCUACUGGACCGGAACGGCCAAGACUGGAGUGAAGUACAGAGGGACCGUGGACGUGGCCAAUCUGUCCGACGAAAACGACGCAGACGACCUGGACAUCUCUGUGGCGCUGUGUGCAGACCACCCCCCCACUCCUCUGGUGCAGCUCAUGAAGACCAAAGGCAUCCCUGAAGUCCGCCGUGCCCUGGACAACUACACCAAACAGCUCAAGACUGAGUUCAGUCAGGGGAUGAUUCUGCCCACGGCCAAUGGACCAAAAGCCCCGCCCCCUCCAGCUCCGAGCAAACCACAGGUGCAGAGUAAAACACAGAUCAGCUCCGCUCCGUCCAGUGGCGCCACCUGCAGUGCAGCAAAAACAUCGACAGGACACAUCCAACUGAAGGAGACGUUCUUCACCACACCAGACGAAGUGUACGCCACCUUCAUCAGCCAAGACUUUGUGCAGAUCUUCACUCGUUCACCCGCUCAGGUCGACGCUCGUAACGGAGGAAAGUUCCAGCUCUUGGACGGUUCUGUGAGCGGAGAGUUUGUGCAGCUGGUUCCAGACAAAGGCAUCGAGAUGAAGUGGAGGUUCAGGUCUUGGCCCAAAGACCACUUUGCCACAGUGAUCCUUCUGUUUGAGGACAGAGGGGGAGAGACGGGUCUUUCCGUGGACAUUCAGGGCGUCCCCUCCGGGUCUGAGGACAGCACCCGAGAAGGCUGGAACCGCUUCUACCUCCAGGCCAUCAAACAGACUUUUGGAUACUAGAACUGCUCAAUACAGACGAUCAAAAACGCCGGAAAUUAGAAGCACUCACGACGGCAAACUCCCACAAACUCCCACAAACCAAGGACUAUUUCGCCUCCAUGCGCUGCCUGAAAAUUCUGAGAAAAAGAGGGGGUAUUAUGACUUUUUUUUUCUUUUUUACCACAUUGUAACGUUCUUUCCUCAUCACAAAUGCCUGAAGAAGUGUUAGAUCUCCAUAGAUGAUCCAUGGAUAGGGCCUGGUAUCAUUAAGAAGUUGCAAAUACAAUACAUAUCUCGAUACAUAGGCCACGAUACAAUACAUUUUGCGAUACAGUGCGCUUUCAAUUCAAUAUGAUUUGACACGUUUCAGUGAAAAAUAAAGGCUAAUUCAUCAUUGUGAUACUAAAAGGCCACUAAAUCCACUAAGUCUGUGCAAAGUUAAUAUGAAAAACACCCAUUUUACUCAUCAAAAAAGUGAAAAUAUCAACACAAUUGCAGCUCUUACACAAAAAAUAUGGAUAUUUCAAUAUUUUUGCACACCUCUAUUCGUGUACACUACCGGUCAAAAGUUUUAGAACAUCCUCAUUUUUCCAGUUAUUUAUUGCAUUUCAAGUUGUGCAAGUCCAAUGAAGAGUUUGAAAUGGUGCAAAGGUAAAAACUGAACAGACAGAGGUUAAAAAAAAAGAUAAAAGAUACAAAACACAAGUCCAAGCUCUGCCAAAACUACCUCAGGAAAAAAGAACAAGAUGGUAAAACUUGAAAACAUGGAGUGUCCAGCGGCACAGUGUCCAGACUUAAACUCCAUCGAGCUGGUUUGGGAUGAACAGGACAGAAGAGUGAAAGUCAAACAACCUACAAGUGUCACACAUUUAUGGAAACUUCUGCGACAGGCUUGGGAAGAACUUUCUGAAGAAUAUUUGAUUUCUGUCGUAAAAAGAACGAGCCACGAGUGUGUUCAGCUGUUAUAUCUGAAAAAAACUGAAAAAAGUGUGAUGUUCUAAAACUUUUGACCGCUAGAGUAUGUUUGAAUAAUCUAGCGAUCUCUCCUGGUCUCUUUUCAAAUCUUUGUUAUGGUUGGCUGUCCAAUACUCAGCCCAAAAGCCUACUUCACUCACGCUCCCACAUGAUAAUUCCCAUAAAUAUACAAAACGUUGAUGCAAAACUGUACACAACAACUUCACAAACCUGAUGCGAUGUGCUGUAGUUUCAUUAGCGGGAAGCACGGUGUUGGGGUAAACGCUCUGGAGGGGAAAGAGCAAAGAGCAGGAACAGACUCAGAACGUUGUUUUUGCUGAAUAUAGAGUUUUCAAACAUGGUGAUCUAAAUAUGUUAUGUGUUAUCAGUAGAGGUGUAACAAUAACCGAAAUAUCGUGAUAUCGUAUCGUCAAAAGUCUCACAGUGAUAUCGUUUGCUGUCACAACAUAUCGAAUUACAAUUUUCUUUGCUUAAAUUCAUUGUUUUGGUGCAGCUACAGCUAAAAACGGAUGGAACUACAUAGACCAUGAUCCUUUGCUCUGUUUCAGUGCAGACUUUAUGAAGAAAUAACUGUUAUUAAGCGCUUUUUUAAUCUUAGUUCUUUGGAUUAUGACAGAACCAAAGUCUUGUCAAUGCUUUUUUAAAAGGACAAAGUAGUAUAUUCUCAAUUUGGUCAGCCUCCACAAAAUAUCGCAGUAAAUAUCGUACCGAGGGAUCCGGGUAUUGUUACAUCCUUAGUUAUCGUAUAAUCCUAACCCCACAGAAGUAAAAUACCCCCUCUUUUAAGUGAACAUUAGUUGAAGUCAUCUCCCAAAACAGACAACAACGCACACAAAGUUUCUGUCUUUGCAUCUUUAAAAAAAAAAGUAUUAAGAUAUAUAUUUUUGCUUGUAUUAUCUAACCUGGCAGCCUGGCCUUGCUUAACCGUAUAAAUCAAGAUUUCUUUAUUUUUUCAGUUUUAACUUCAGUUCAUUUCAUCACACUGAGUGAUCCACAUGUUUUUUUUAAAUACACGUAUUUUAAGUUAAGCAAAUACAGGAAACUAGAAAGCUUUUUGUAAUCAUACUUUUUUCGCUUUACAUUAUAACAAAAUAAAAGGCAAAAGGACGUUUCUUCUGUGAUGUAAUUUACAAACAAGCCACUUCAUUUUCUGUUCUUUGCAGACAUCUUUUAAACACAGCUGUAUUGUACAUUUAUUUAUGGUAUUUAUUUAUUUGUCUUUUUGUAAUAAUAAAAGAAAGAAUAUUGUGAUUUCCUGGCUAUUUUAGGACUUUUAUUUGUACUUCCAUAUGAGUAAAUGUAUUCUAUUUGGGAUCUGUUGUACUAUUUCUAUAUGAUUGUACAUUUCUUAUGAUAUAUUAGUUAAACAAGUUGCAAGUUUCAACCUAAAGUUCUUUACCAAAUGUACAGAUUGAAGUUAGGUUAG